GUGUUAUUGAUUCGACUGUAUUCAGUUGUCAAUGACUCGCACAAUAUGAGAAUAUUGAGGAUAGAUAUUAUCUUCCUUUUCAUCAUUUUAGUAUGGACAGAUUCAGCUAUAUCAAGAUCUCCAGUGAAAACAGCGAGACAGAGGUCAAACACGAGAAAAUUGAGCCUCGAUUUGUCAACGGCGAACGAUCCAACAGAAUUGAUCUCGAGAGCAUUCAUUAACACCCUCAAGGAUCUCAAGAAGCAAAUACAGCGACAGCAGCCGGUAACCAUAUUUUUCUUUAUAAAUCCCCCGCAAAACUCACAGGAACAAUAUGUGGACCUCAUAGAGAGAACGCUCAGAGAUCUCAUGGCUCAGUGGAUCUUCCUCCCUAUGCAGGGUUUCAUCAGGACUGAGGUGAAGGGUAAAAACGACGGUACCAUCGCCAGCUUGACGGUUAUAAUGUCCAUACUUCCCUCGGAAGCGCACCAGAAGACCAAAACUCCAAACUCUGAAUUCAUCACAGUUGAUCUGUCCAAACCAAACGUGGAUAUGAUGCAGAUCCUGCAUCAAGUUUUGUCGAUUGCCGUGCAAAAUCCUUCGAUACGUCUGAACGGAGAUAUGUCCAACCUUAUGAAACUUCAGAUCAUACCACCGGCAGGAACUACCAAAUCAAGCAUUCACAAUAUAAUCGGUGCCAUCGACUCAAUCCUGAUCAAGCUGUUACCUGAUACAGAAUUCUCUACCAAAGCAUCGAUAUCUCUAGAUCCUAACGGAGGUGUCAACAUCAUAAACUGCGUUGUUAAUCUGAAUCAGCGACGUGACAAUUCUUUCACUUUCACCGUAGAUAUUUCUAAGACGAGCGAAGGUUUGGACAACGGCAUCAUCAAUAUCAUGAAGAAUAUACAGCAAGAGGUUGAAGUAAUUUUCAAUGAGAACAAACCAGUGAUUCUCAGUCUGAAGAUUAAACCACCAGCAAGAUCUAAUAAAAAAACUGUGGCUCAAACUAUAGACACGGUCCUCACAACACUGAAAAAAUAUUUCCCCAACGAAAUUGGCGUAACUGCCAAUAUCUACGAGAAUCAUAAGAGAGAAAUCACCUUCGUAAUCUUAGACAUCGUAAUCGAACCAAAGAAUGCACUUAGAAUCGAUCUCACUCUGCCUGGACAAAGUUUGGUAGAUCAGGUAAAUCGUGAAGUAUCAUCCCUGAAAGAUUCACUGGCCAACAAGAAACCCGUAGAUAAAACAACUACCUUCACCUUGAUCCUCAAACCUCCCACAAACUCCGACAAGAAGACCAUCGAUAAUAUAACGCAUGUCAUCAUUUCAACAAUCUCUAGGAUAUUCCCAGACAACGAGAUCAGCUUCCAAACUAAAGCUACAAAAGACGAUCGAGGAACAGUCACCAAAAUGACUCUGGUUAUCACAGUCGAACCCAACUUCACCAUCGAAUCGAAGAAAAAAGAGAAAGUUGUCCAUAUAGAUCUACUGAAACCAGGAAGCGACGUUACAGAAGAGUUAACAAAAAUCUUACCAAGCUUGAGGGACAUGUUGAGCGAGGAAGACGCAACUCCGAUCACUUUGACCAUCUUCGUUCUGCCUCCCAAGGGAUCUACGGAAGAAUUCAUGCAAGACACGUUAAAGACGAUACUUUUCAUCUUGACCGAUAACUUCCCUGAAGAUAGGAUAACAUCGGAAGUAGCAGCGAAGAAAAAUCCGCAAGGAUUCAUUCAAAACAUGAAGGUUGUUAUAACAGUAAUUCCCAGCACCUGCACUCAGAAACCUAAAACUGGUGAAACGUUGAACAUAAAUUUGACGAAUUCCGAGAAAGAAUUGGUUCCGAAAAUCAUCAAUAUCUUGCCAAAAUUAAACAAACUAAUCGCUAAAAAUCGCCCAGCCAAUGUCCAUCUGAUAAUCCAACCACCCAAGGAUGCCACUGAUGAAACAGUCCAAAAAUUCGUAAAGACUAUAAUAACUAUACUCUCUAAAGUAUAUCCAUACAAUAAACUGGAAUUCCAAGUCAAACUUGUUAAAAACCCCCAAGGAACUGUUGAAAAUGUAACCGUCUUAAUCACAAUAGAACCAACGGAUAAAAACGUAGUAAAUGAGUUGCCAGAUCUUCCGGAAACUAUAAAUAUAGAUCUCGAAAAACCAGGAACGAAACUUGUUGAAGAAUUAAUAAAUAUUUUUCCUUCUUUGAAACACAAAAUCAAGGAAAAACAGGGGGAAGGGAAACCAGUCAACAUAAAACUCAAUAUAAGGCCUCCAAAUAAAGCUACAACUGAGUACGUCAAAAAAACAGCAAAUACCGUCUUGACAAUUAUCACCAAAUUAUUCCCUGAUGAUGACGUGAAGGUUAAAGCCAAGAUCACGAAGGAUAAACAUGGCAGAAUAUCAGAAGUUACUUUCAUAAUCAGCAUAAAUCAGAAACCGAAAAAACCAGAUGAAAAAACUACACCUCAAAUCCACGAAAUAACAACUUCAAAGACUACAAUCACCACACCAAAACCCGGAAUUACAACCCAACAGCCAAACAAAGUAAUAAACAUAGAUUUAUCCAGACCUGGAAAAAAUAUCCCUGAGGAACUAACAAGCAUCCUGACGAAAAUCAAGAAAGAGACACCAGUGCCAAAAGAACCGAUAAGCUUUCAAUUAAAUAUAGAACCCCCUACCGGAUCUAACCCUAAGUUUGUGAAAGAUACUGUUGAUACUAUAUUAACAACUCUGACAACACUAUAUCCAAAUGAAAAAAUCAAAGUGAGUGCCAAGAUAACUAAGAACAGUGACCAUACCAUCAAAAGUAUAAGUGUAAUCUUCGUCAUUUCACCAGGGAAUAAAAAUCCGGAAAUUGGUAGUACUACACCAACUCCCAAAAAUAUUCAUGAGGUCAAAAUAGAUUUAUCCAGACCAGGGACUAAUAUUCCCAAAGAAAUAACCACCGAGUUGAUCAAGAUCAAACCCGAGGUUACCAAAGAAAUGGAUGAGGACCAACCUCUUGUCAUAAAGAUCGAUAUUCAACCACCGAAAGAUUCCACUGAAGAAUUCGUGAAAAAAACCAUAAAUAUUAUAACAACAACUGUCUCAGAUCUGUUUCCAGAUAAGAAGAUUGUGGUGAAUGUGGAUGCCAUCAAAAAUCCCAAUGGAUUCAUAACUAAAUUGACCGUAGUCCUCAUCAUAGAACCUUCUACUCCUACCAAGAAUCCCACUGAAAACACAAAGAAGCCAGGAGAGAAUAACGAAGAAUCCAGUACCCCUAUAUCUCCAGAAGACAAACCAUCUACUCCUAAAGAAACGGUUCCCAUAAAAAUCCAUAUAGAUUUGUCGAAACCUGAUACUAAUUUAGUUAAUGAAGUGGUGAACAUACUACCAGAUAUCAAAGAUGAAAUCAUUCUGAAGCAUCCAAAAGACCAACCAGUUGUGGUGGAAUUCGACAUUAAACCUUCGAAAAAAACAAAUGAACAGUUGGUGAAGGAAGCCGUAAAAACAAUUGAGAAAAUAUUAACAACAGUUUACCCUGACAACGAAGUAAGUUACCACGUGAACAUUCUGAAGGAUAAACACGAUACUAUCACUAAUAUCACUUUGGUUGUUACUAUCGAGCCUUCUACUAACACAACACCUCCAUUUUUGGUCAAUCUGGUGACAGAAGAGACGACUACAGAAACCGAAGAAGUCACUGAAACUACACCUCAAACCACUACUCCAUCCGGGGAAAAACCUAUCAAGGUAAAAUUCGAUCUGAACAAACCGGGUUCCAGCCUUGUCACAGAAAUUCUAACAGUUGUGCCAAAUAUUGAAAAAGAAGUUAAUACCAAGAAGCCUGUACAAGUUGAGUUCCAAGUAAAACCUACUAAGAACUCAAAUGAACAAACAGUGAAGGAAGAGACGAAAAAAAUCCUAGAAAUAUUGGAACAGAAAUUCCCGAAGGAAAAGAUUGAAAUUGACGUUAAAAUCAAUAAACGUGACAAUGUUAUAGAUACAGUAACAUAUUUGGUCACCAUUGAACCAAGUUCUUCGACAACGACCAAUGUGGAAAAAGAAACAACACCAUAUACCACAACAAAAGAGAUAACAGAUGCAGAUGAAGGUAAAACAACUCCUCGAAGAGAAGCCUCUACUACAUCAUCGGUGGAGGAUAAUUCUUCCAAAGAAUACACAAGACCUGAAGAAGAAUCUUCAAGAAUAACUACCGCAAAAACACAACGAACAACUUCCACAGGCAGUGAGAAUGAAUUCGAAGUAUCUACCACACGGAAAGAAGAAACAAGUUCGGAUAUAGGCAAACAAACGUCCCUUGAAGAAUUUUUAUCAACAACUCCUUCAACUGAGGAAAAAAUAUCUAAAGAAUACACAACCUCUGGAGGAGACGAAACGAGUAAAAUCACGCCCCAAGAUGAAACAGAAGAAGAGGAAACAACAGCCAAAGGUGGAAGUGGAAAAACUCCUAGAACAACAUUACCUGUUGAAGAGAAUACAUCAAAAGAAUCUAUAACUUCCUCGGCAGAAGAGACUAUAUCUGAGGAAAAUACUUCAACACCCAGAGGAGAAAUUGAGAAAGACAAGACCGGAAGAACAACUUCAAGUGAUGAGAAUAUGUUUGACAAAUCAACUAAACCUGGAGAAGGCACAACAAAAUCGUAUGAUAAGGAAACAAAACCGCAAGAAGAAUCUACAACAGUUAGAGAAGUGACUGAAAAAACAAGAACACAGAAAGAAUCGUCGUCCACCACCCCAACAGACGAAGAAUGGAAAAAAACCACAACGCGAUCAACCACACCAAAGGAAGAAAAUACGAAAUUAUUUACCGAUGAAGAAUUCGUCACUACUCGAAAGGAAGAAAGUACGACAACAAGUACUGUAUAUACGACUCCUUCAACGAAAGACAUAGAUGAAACGUUGACCAUUGAUCUCACUAAACCGGGAAAAACAUUGAUAGAAUACAUCGAAGAAAUAAUACCGAAAGUCAACCCCAAAAUAGAAUCAAAGUUAGACGAAAACCACCCUGUCACCUUGGAAUUCAAAGUCAAACCUCCAAAGGGAUCUAAUGACGAUUAUCCAAAAACAACAACUGAAACAUUGGUUAGUAUUUUGACGAAGUUGUACCCCAAGAACAAGAUAAAUGUUGAAACAAAAGUAGUGAAAACACCAGACGGUCAUUCCAAAGAAGUCGUUGUACAAGUUACCAUCGAACCAGAGUCCACUAACAAAGAAACAAAACCUGAAGAAACUACAACUCCCAUCACAACAGAGACAUCAACCAUAAGCGGUAAGGAAGAGACAAAAAGGACAACCCCCAAAAGUAGUGUUUCAGAAUCUUCCACCACAGAAACAAAACCUGAAGAGGUGACUGAAGGAACAAGACCUGAGAAAGAAUCAACCACACCAAAAGAAGAAAAUACGAAAUUAUUUACCGAUGAAGAAUUCAUCACUACUCGAAAGGAAGAAAGUACUACAAAGAGUACUGUACAUACAACUCCUUCAACGAAAGACAUAGAUGAAACUUUGACCAUUGAUCUGACUAAACCAGGAAAAACAUUGAUAGAAUACAUCGAAGAAAUAAUACCAAAAGUCACCCACAAAAUCAAACCAAAGUUAGACGAAAAUCAUCCAGUCACCCUGGAAUUCAAAAUAAAACCUCCAAAGGGAUCUAAUGAUGAUUAUCCAAAAACAACAACUGAAACAUUGGUUAGUAUUUUGACGAAGUUGUACCCCAAGAACAAGAUAAAUGUUGAAACAAAAGUAGUGAAAACACCAGACGGUCAUUCCAAAGAAGUCGUUGUACAAGUUACCAUCGAACCAGAGUCCACCAACAAAGAAACAAAACCUGAAGAAACUACAACUCCCAUCACAACAGAGACAUCAACCAUAAGCGGGAAAGAAGAGACAAUAAGGACUACAACGCCAAAGAGUGGAGUUUCCGAAUCUUCUACAACAAAAACAAAACCUGAAGAGGUGACUGAAGGAACAAGACCUGAGAAAGAAUCAACCACACCAAAAGAAGAAAAUACGAAAUUAUUUACCGAUGAAGAAUUCAUAACUACUCGAAAGGAAGAAAGUACUACAACAAGUACUGUACAUACAACUCCUUCAACGAAAGACAUAGAUGAAACUUUGACCAUUGAUCUGACUAAACCAGGAAAAACAUUGAUAGAAUACAUCGAAGAAAUAAUACCAAAAGUCACCCACAAAAUCGAACCAAAGUUAGACGAAAAUCAUCCAGUCACCCUGGAAUUCAAAAUAAAACCUCCAAAGGGAUCUAAUGAUGAUUAUCCAAAAACAACAACUGAAACAUUGGUCAGUAUUUUGACGAAGUUGUACCCCAAAAACAAGAUAAAUGUUGAAACAAAAGUAGUGAAAACACCAGACGGUCAUUCCAAAGAAGUCGUUGUACAAGUUACCAUCGAACCUGAGUCCACCAACAAAGUAACAAAACCUGGAGAAACUACAACUCCCAUCACAACAGAGACAUCAACCAUAAGCGGUAAAGAAGAGACAAAAAGGACAACCCCCAAAAGUGGUGUUUCAGAAUCUUCCACCACAGAAACAAAACCAGAAGAGGUGACUGAAGGAACAAGGCCUGGGAAAGAAUCAACCACACCAAGAGAAGAAAAUACGAAUAAAGAAUUCACUACUAUAAAGGAAGAAAGAUCUACAACAAAGAAAAUUACUUCACCUGUAUCUACCACCCCCUCACCGAAGGAAACAGAUGAAACUUUGACCAUUGACCUCACUAAACCAGGAAAGACAUUAACAGACUACAUCGAAGAAAUAAUACCAAAACUAUUUCCCAAAAUUGAACCAAAGUUAAACCAAAACCAUCCAGUUACCUUGGAAUUCGUAAUCAAACCUCCAAAAGGAUCAAAUGAUGAUUAUCCAAAAACAACAACUGAAACGUUGGUUAGUAUCUUAACAAAAUUAUUCCCCAAAAACAAGAUCAGUAUCAAAACGAAAGGCGUAAAAACACCAGAUAAUCAAAUGAAAAAAGUCAUUGUAGAAGUGAUAAUUGAACCAAAGUCACCUGGAGAAAUAAUGAAGCCAACUACCACAACACCAUUCACUGUAUCUACCACCCCCUCACCGAAGGAAACAGAUGAAACUUUGACCAUUGACCUCACUAAACCAGGAAAGACAUUAACAGACUACAUCGAAGAAAUAAUACCAAAAAUAUUCCCCAAAAUUGAACCAAAGUUAGACCACAACCAUCCAGUUACCUUGGAAUUCGUAAUCAAACCUCCAAAAGGAUCAAAUGAUGAUUAUCCAAAAACAACAACUGAAACGUUGGUUACUAUCUUAACAAAAUUAUUCCCCGAAAACAAGAUCAGUAUCAAAACGAAAGGCGUAAAAACACCAGAUAAUCAAAUGGAGAAAGUCAUUGUGGAAGUGAUAAUUGAACCAAAGUCACCUGAAGAAGUAAUGAAGCCAACUACCACAACACCAUUCACUACGAGUUAUAUAACUGAAGAAGGAAAGGAAGAAACAUCUCCUUCGAAGGUCAGUGAACAUUCUACAACAUCUAGAGAAGGAAUAACUGAAUUAGUAACAGAAGAAACGAAAUCUUGGGAGAAAACAUCAUCCACUGCUCCCUCAACAUUAGAACAUAUAUCCGAAGGUUCUACAACAACCAAAAGAGAAAUUACGAGUUCAGUAACAGAAAGCACAUCCCAAGAAGAGGCAUCCUCUACCACUCCUGAAACUACUUCUUCAACUCAUGAGAAUACUACUCCAUCAACUGAUGAAACGAAAGAAUCCACAAUCACCUUCGAUAUAUCGAAACCUGGUAAAACGUUAACAGAUUAUAUUGAAGAAAUUAUAACCAAGAUUCCUGAUGUUAAGCCUCAUUUAGAUGAAAACAAACCUGUCAUAUUGAAAUUCAAACUGAAACCUGCGGAUGGUUCCAAUGAAAACUAUCCAAAGGAGACAUCAGAAAAAAUAGUCAGUAUAUUAACCAAGUAUUUCCCCGAUGACAAGAUUACUGUCAAGACACAUAAAACACCAGAAGAUGAAAUUAUUUUCGAAAUCGUCAUUGAGCCAGAAUCUAGCAAGAAGGUUACAGAUGCUGGAGUGGUUGAUGAAACAAGGCCACAAGAAAAAUCAACGUUCACCCCCUCAACCACAAGUCAUAUAAAUGAAGAAACAGGUGAAGAAGAAACAACUAUUCCAAUUGAUGAAAGCAAAGGUACCACGCUUCAAACCGAUGAAAAUAUAUUCACAAAAUCUACCACGCCUAGCGAGGAGAUAACAGAAAUAUCAACUGAACAAACUAAGACACCACUCGAUGAAAAUUCCAAAGACUUCACUACACCUGAUAAAGAUGUCUCAAAAUGGUUCACUGGUGAAACAACACCUCAAACCGAAACUUCAGCAAAAACACCAUCAGUUCCAGAAGAUAUAUUCACAAAAUCAACAACUACCGAAGAUAUAUCGGGAUGGUUCACGGAAGAAACAAGGCCCGAGGAGAAAUCAUCUUCAAUUGUGCCUUCUACAACUAUAGAUGAUUUCAAAGAAUCAACAACUCCUUCCGAAAAAAUUACAACAUCUGUGAACUUCGAAACAGUACCAGAGGAAGAGUUCUCAAGUACCCCACGAUCUUCUACCAAUAUAGACUGGACGACGCCGAAAUCGAAUGAAGAAGAAACUGAGGUCAAAGUUGAUUUAUCGAAACCAGGAACAAACUUGGGGGACAAAAUCGAAGAAAUAAUUUCGAAUAUUCUUCCAAACAUCAAGCCAGCACUUGAGGGAAAACGUACCAUCACUAUAACCUUCAAAAUAACACCUCCAAAGGGAUCUGAUAAAGUUUACUCAGACUUAACAACUCAAACUCUAAUAAGCAUUCUGACGAAGUAUUUCCCUGAUGAAAAAAUCGAUAUAAAAACCACCACUGAAAAAAAUCCACAAGGAUAUCUCAAUGAAAUCACAAUACAAGUAGUAGUUGAACCAUCCAAGCCUGAUAAACCGCAGGAUGAAAACAUCGAUAUCGACCUCUCUAAACCGGACUCUUCAUUAUCGAAAGAAAUAUCAACUAUUCUGCCUGGCAUCUUACCAAAAAUAACUACAGAAUUGAAUAAUAAGAACCCUGUUACCUUGACUUUCACAAUCAAACCUCCAAACAAGACUACCGAAAGUGACUUAAAAACCACCAUCGAAUCGUUACAUGAAAUAUUAACGAAAUACUUCCCCAAAAAUGAGGUGAAGGUAAAAUUGAACGCCAAGAAGGACCCUCAAGGGCACGUCAUUCAAGUAAUCGUACAAAUCACAAUAGUGCCAACAACAACACAAGAACCAACUGAAGAAAAUGUCAAUAUAGAUCUGAGCAAACCGGGAACAACUUUAUUGGACAAGAUUCGAGAAAUAUUACCCACAAUUCUGAAGGAUAUCAAUGAUAAAUUAUCGAAAAACCAGCCUGUGAACCUUGAAUUCAAUAUUAAACCGCCUACUGGCUCAACCGAAAAUUACCUGCAAGAAAUAAGCAGGAACUUACAGGAAAUAAUGAUCAAAUACUUCCCCCCAAACAAAAUCAGUUUGAAAAUAAACGCCAACAAGGACCCUCAAGGAUAUAUUACUGUAAUACAUGUAGAGAUAACACUUCACCCAUCUGAAAUUACAACACAACCAGAAGAUGAUGUUGAUAUAGACCUCACAAAGCCUGGAUCAACAUUGAUCAACGAAGUGAAAGAAAAAAUGCCUAAUCUUCUGAAGCAGAUUACAGAUAAACUGAAUACCAAAAAUCCUGUAACCUUAACCUUCAAAAUCAAACCACCCACUGGGUCGACAGAAAAUUACCUGCAAGACCUCACCAACUCUGUAGUAACUAUUCUUUCAAAGUACUUCCCUGACAACAAGAUCCUAGUGAAAUUGAAUGCUGAGAAAAAUCCUCAAGGUUAUAUAACUCUCGUAACUAUAGAAACAACUCUGGAACCAUCUCCAACAUCGCCUGUAGAGGACAACAACGUAGAUAUAGACUUGACAACACCUGGGUCAACUGUAAUCGAUCAAGUAAAAGAAAAGAUGCCUAACCUUCUGAAACAGAUUACAGAUAAACUAAAUACUAAAAAUCCUGUAACAUUAACAUUUAAAAUCAAACCACCUACUGGGUCAACAGAAAGUUACCUGCAAGACCUCACCAACUCUGUGGUAACUAUUCUUUCAAAGUACUUCCCUAACAACAAGAUCCUAGUGAAAUUGAAUGCUGAGAAAAAUCCUCAAGGUUAUAUAACUCUUGUAACUAUAGAAAUAACUCUGGAACCUUCCCCAACAUCGCCUGUAGAAGAUAACAACGUAGAUAUUGACUUGACAAUCCCUGGAUCAACUUUGAUCGAUCAAGUGAGAGAAAAAAUGCCUGGUCUCCUGAAGCAGAUAACAGAUAAACUAAAUACUAAAAAUCCUGUAACAUUAACAUUUAAAAUCAAACCACCUACUGGGUCAACAGAAAGUUACCUGCAAGACCUCACCAACUCUGUGGUAACUAUUCUUUCAAAGUACUUCCCUAACAACAAGAUCCUAGUGAAAUUGAAUGCUGAGAAAAAUCCUCAAGGUUAUAUAACUCUCGUAACUAUAGAAAUAACUCUGGAACCAUCUCCAACAUCGCCUGUAGAAGACAACAACGUAGAUAUUGACUUGACAAUCCCUGGAUCAACUUUGAUCGAUCGAGUGAGAGAAAAAAUGCCUGGUCUCCUGAAGCAGAUAACAGAUAAACUGAAUACCAAAAAUCCUGUAACAUUAACCUUUAAAAUCAAACCACCCACUGGGUCAACAGAAAGUUACCUGCAAGACCUCACCAACUCUGUGGUAACUAUUCUUUCAAAGUACUUCCCUAACAACAAGGUCCUAGUGAAAUUGAAUGCUGAGAAAAAUCCUCAAGGUUAUAUAACUCUUGUAACUAUAGAAAUAACUCUGGAACCUUCCCCAACAUCGCCUGUAGAAGAUAACAACGUAGAUAUUGACUUGACAAUCCCUGGAUCAACUUUGAUCGAUCAAGUGAGAGAAAAAAUGCCUGGUCUCCUGAAGCAGAUAACAGAUAAACUGAAUACCAAAAAUCCUGUAACAUUAACCUUUAAAAUCAAACCACCCACUGGGUCAACAGAAAGUUACCUGCAAGACCUCACCAACUCUGUGGUAACUAUUCUUUCAAAGUACUUCCCUAACAACAAGGUCCUAGUGAAAUUGAAUGCUGAGAAAAAUCCUCAAGGUUAUAUAACUCUUGUAACUAUAGAAAUAACUCUGGAACCAUCUCCAACAUCGCCUGUAGAAGACAACAACGUAGAUAUUGACUUGACAAUCCCUGGAUCAACUUUGAUCGAUCAAGUGAGAGAAAAAAUGCCUGGUCUCCUGAAGCAGAUAACAGAUAAACUGAAUACCAAAAAUCCUGUAACAUUAACCUUUAAAAUCAAACCACCCACUGGGUCAACAGAAAGUUACCUGCAAGACCUCACCAACUCUGUGGUAACUAUUCUUUCAAAGUACUUCCCUAACAACAAGGUCCUAGUGAAAUUGAAUGCUGAGAAAAAUCCUCAAGGUUAUAUAACUCUCGUAACUAUAGAAAUAACUCUGGAACCAUCCCCAACAUCGCCUGUAGAAGACAACAACGUAGAUAUUGACUUGACAAUACCUGGAUCAACUUUGAUCGAUCAAGUGAGAGAAAAAAUGCCUGGUCUCCUGAAGCAGAUAACAGAUAAACUGAAUACCAAAAAUCCUGUAACAUUAACCUUUAAAAUCAAACCACCCACUGGGUCAACAGAAAGUUACCUGCAAGACCUCACCAACUCUGUGGUAACUAUUCUUUCAAAGUACUUCCCUAACAACAAGAUCCUAGUGAAAUUGAAUGCUGAGAAAAAUCCUCAAGGUUAUAUAACUCUCGUAACUAUAGAAAUAACUCUGGAACCUUCUCCAACAUCGCCUGUAGAAGACAACAACGUAGAUAUUGACUUGACAAUCCCUGGAUCAACUUUGAUCGAUCAAGUGAGAGAAAAAAUGCCUGGUCUCCUGAAGCAGAUAACAGAUAAACUGAAUACCAAAAAUCCUGUAACAUUAACAUUUAAAAUCAAACCACCCACUGGGUCAACAGAAAGUUACCUGCAAGAUCUCACCAAUUCUGUGGUAACUAUUCUUUCAAAGUACUUCCCUAACAACAAGACCCUAGUGAAAUUGAAUGCUGAGAAAAAUCCUCAAGGUUAUAUAACACUGGUAACUAUAGAAAUAACUCUGGAACCAUCUUCAACUCUGCCUGUUGAGGAGAAUAACGUAGAUAUUGAUUUGACGAAGCCCGAAUCUUUGAUCGACCAAGUAAGGCAAAAAAUUCCUAAUAUUCUGAAUCAAAUAACGAGUAAUCUAAACAAUAGGACUCCUGUAACUUUGACCUUCAAAAUAAAACCACCUAAUAGAUCUCCAGAAAAUUAUCUACAAGAUCUUACCAAUUCUGUUGUUACUAUUCUUACGAAUUACUUCCCUAACAACAAAAUAGCAGUGAAAUUGAACGCUCAAAAGGAUUCUCAAGGCUAUCUCACACUUGUAACUUUAGAAAUAACUUUGCAACCUUCAAAUCCAUCAACAAAUGGCGACGAUUUCGACAUAGAUUUGGCAAAACCUGGAGUUACAUUGAAAGACGAAAUAGAUAAGCUUAUGCCAGCUUUGAAGCAAAAUGUUACCCAAGAACUAUCCAAUAACCGUCCGGUGAUCCUGAGUUUCAAGAUCAAACCGCCAAAGGGGACAACAUCGAGUUAUUUACAGGUAAUUUCAGAAACUUUGCAGAGUAUCAUAAUGGACUAUUUCCCCAACAACAAAGUCAGUCUCGAAAUAUCGGCUUCAAAGGAUUCCCAAGAAUAUAUCACUGGAAUCAUGAUAGAAAUAAAACUAGAACCUACGUCAUCAUCGCUUCUACCGCCAGACGAGAAUGUUGACAUUGAUUUGUCGAAACCAGGGGUGACUUUAACCGACCAAAUAAGUAAAAUAAUGCCUGAUAUUCUUCCCAACAUCACCAAAGACUUGUCACUUAAGAAACCAGUAUCUUUAAGCUUCAAAAUCAAACCACCACCGAGAUCGACUCAGAGUUACCUCCAAGUCGUUUCUGAAACUUUAGAAGCUCUAUUGGCCAAAUAUUUACCCAACAGCCAAAUCAGCGUGGCUAUAUCUGCUCAGAAGAAUUCUCAGAACUACUUCACCCUAAUAACAAUUCAAAUAACCAUACAGCCUCCAGCUAGGCAAAUCCCUCAAGGAGAUAUUGAGAUCGAUUUGACCAGACCUGGUGUCAACCUUAACGACCAAGUGGGUCAAUAUUUAAACAAAAUUUCUUCGGAGGUGUCCGCUGAUCUAGGCAAUGGUAAACCUGUUAACAUUUCUAUAGGGGUCAAGCCACCUUACGGUUCAAGAGACGAUUACAUUCAAGUGAUCUUAAACUCCUUGGUGCCUGUAUUGAGCAAGUAUUUCCCCGGUUACAAGCUCAAUCUGGAAACGAGGGUUGAGAAAGAUUCACAAGGGUGCAUCAGUGAAAUCUUGCUGAUUAUCAGUAUAGAACCUUCAUCCCAAACCAAGGGAUAUACUGUGGACAUUGACUUAGCAAAUUCUAGAUACACACUCGUCGAGCAAAUAGACAACAUCAUUCCCAACAUAUAUCAGAAAAUUCAGGACGAUUUGAGCAGUGGAGAGUCGGUUAGUUUGAGCUUUAAGGUCCUUCCACCUGUGGGGUCUCGUCAAGACUACCUAGAAUCCUUGAUUCAAUCUUUGGUUCCCAUUCUGACCAAAUUCUUCCCAAGCAACAAGAUGAGCGUGAAGACGAGUGCCUCGAAGAACUCUCAGGGUUACCUUGAUAGCAUAACCGUAGAUAUAACUAUCGUAACGCAAGUUCAACUGGAAAGAGUCGAUAUAGAUCUUUCAAGAAGGGGAAGCACCUUGCAAGGUGAAGUUGCCAGUAUACUGCCCAGAAUGAUCCCUGGUUUGAAGAGUGAUUUGCGUCGUGGAAAGCCAAUAACUCUGAGAUUCAACAUUAGACCUCCCGCGAAUUCGAACAAGAGUUUCCUGAAUACGGUGACGAAUCAGCUGGUUGUCAUACUGCCCAGUUAUUUCCCGAAUAACCGUAUGAGCGUCAAGACUUCAUCGACAGAGGAUGGACAAGGAUUUAUAUCUGAUAUUGUACUUCUGAUUUCUAUCCAACCGAUUUUAUCCGAUGUUGAUUAAUAAAUGCACUUGAAAACAGUGA